CUGGGAGAGGGCACUGAAUGGGCGGGAAGGAGGAAGGGGGGUCUAUCAUUGCCAUGACACCCCACUUGGCACUCUGGAAUACCCUGCUGUUCGGAGGGAUCUGCCAACGAGUGCUAACCGGGAUGGAUUCGAUCUGCUUGGCUGUAUUGCUUGCAUCAUUGCACUAGAUGCAGCGAUGUGGGCGAGGGCGCGAUGUCAGCAAGCGGCGCUUCUAAUUCUCUGGGACCACGCAAAGGAGAAUGGUAUCCUAUCCCGAGCUACGGGGACCGACAGACUAUUCUCUCCCGGCUCGAUCACUUGUCCGCCACGGAAGCGAGUAAGGCGAAUCUAGCAUCUAGUUUAAUGCCUUGUCAGGGGCCAAGCGAACGCCCCAGCCUCAAUAUACAUAACAGUUCCAGGCUUUCGUUAGGAGCUUCCCCUAAGGCUGAAUCGGAUGACCACACCUGCGGAUAAGCCGAGGAAGUGGUGGUCAUCGCUGCGGCGUCACCAGCAAAUCGCGUAACCACCCGUGAGUCGCGCCGCUGCCGGGCCCUCUCACCUCUCUGAAUGCAGCUCCCUCCGCUUUCAUUCGCUUCAUUUCCCCCGAUAGUAUUAUUAAUCAUUCAUCCCGACGCAAAGAGCGGAUGUUCCAAGCUCCCAGCCGGAGGUUAAGCCUCGAGUGGCCACUCGGGGAUGCGGCCCACCUCUGCACCUUUGGGCCACUGCCACAAUAGGGCCAAAGGUAUUCCCUGUACCCCGUCAGCUGUCAGGUGGACGACUCCCUAUAGGACCCACAGCCCACCUGUCAUGUCAGGUGGGCUACCAGGUGCCCCUUCCCCGGCUUCUUCACUCGUAUGACAGCUUGCUGGCAGGCCUCUCGGGAAAACAGACUGGCAAGGACUGCUUCUCCUGUGACCCCAGAGGUUGAGGUGCAGUCGAUACAAAGCCAGAAAAUAUUCACACGUCGGUGGGCCAUAACUCAGUAACUCAAGGGGCCUCCUGCCGCUCCCAGAUCCUCUACGAUUUAGCCUGCGACGGCAAGAAUGAUUUCGAAAAGACGGAAAGUACUGUUGUCUUUGCUGUCUGCGACUCUUCUUCUGUAUGUGAAGAUCACCGGAGACGAACAGGAAGCAAAUGUCGUCGUCAAGCACGAAUUAAUCUCAAAGGGCACCCAUGCCAGCGCCAAGCAAUACGACGGGAAUUUCUCUAAAAGCGACAGACUUUUGACCGAGUUUCCUUAUAAAUUUCUCAUCGACGAGCCUCACUUCUGCGCCGAGGACCUUCUCGUCUUGAACAUGAUGCCGGUGAGCGUGGGCGACGCCGAGGCUCGGGCGCGGGUGAGGAGGAUGUGGGGCUCCAGGGAGGUCGUGGAUUCGACCAGGCUUCGGCCUCUGUUCCUGGUGGGGGAGACCAACGGCACCGAGCAGCAGAGCCGCCUUCAGGAUGAGAGCGACGAGUACCACGACGUGAUCCAGGUGGGCUUCGUGGACUCGUACCUCAACCUGACGCUGAAGACCCUGUCGGCGCUGCACUGGAAGCACACGCGCUGCCGCCACGUCCCUUGGCUGCUCAAGAGCGACGCCGACGUCUUCGUGAGCCCUUGGGCCGUCACCAGACUCCUCAGGAACGAGACCGCGGACAUCGUCUGCCGGCUCCUCUUCUCCAAAAACGUCUGCCGACCCCACAACUGCAGAGACAAGAGGUGGAUGAUCCCGCCCGAAGUGUACCCGCACGAAUUCUACCCUCCGUACUGCAACGGCCCCGUGUAUGCCGUCAACCAGAAAUCCGUGCGAGAGAUCCUGACGGUGGCGUCGGCCGAGAAGCCCUUCCUGAUGGAGGACGUCUAUUACACGGGCAUCCUCGUCCAAGGCCUCGACCUCAAGUACAACAACAUCGGAAGUCGCUGCCAGCUGUACCACCUGAAGCACCCUCCGUACGACACUGUUGGCAGGGGGCGGUCCCUCUUUCUCGUCAACCCGGAGCAGAAGAGUCGACAUCGCUACACCUUAGAGGAUGUUUGGAAUUACCUAAUGUCGUUGCGAACGUGAUCUUGGUGUAUUUUGAAGGUACUGUAGAAAUAAAGAUUUUUUAAGAUAUUA